AUGCUCCAUUUACGAUAUGUAUUACAAUUAAACAUUAAAAAUAAAACCCAUAAAAUCACUCAACGUUUUUAUGCGAAGGAAGUUAAAUUUGGCUCCAAGGUUAGAUCGUUAAUGCUUCAAGGAGUCGAUGUUCUUGCCGACGCUGUUGCAGUGACUAUGGGACCGAAAGGACGCAAUGUUAUUAUAGAACAAAAAUUUGGACCACCGAAAAUAACUAAAGAUGGUGCAACUGUAGCGAAAAGCAUAGAGUUGAAGAAUAAAUUUCAAAAUAUUGGUGCGAAACUCCUACAAAAUAUAGCAAAUAAGACUAACGAAGAAGCUGGAGAUGGAACCACAACUGCUACCGUUUUAGCUAGAGCAAUAGCAAGGGAAGGUUCAGAUAGUAUUUUAAAAGGCGCAAAUCCAAUUGAAAUUAGAAAAGGUAUAAUAUUAGCUGUUGAUAUUGUCACAGAAAAACUCAAGGCAAUGUCCAGAUUAGUUCAAACACCUGAAGAGAUAGAACAAGUCGCUACAUUGUCUGCAAAUGGUGAUUCAUCGGUAGGAAAACUUAUAACAGCAGCUAUAAGUAGAGUGGGAAAAGAUGGUCUUGUGGCAGUAAAAGAAGGUAAAACUUUAGACAAUGGAUUAGAAAUAAUUGAAGGUAUGUCUUUUAAACGAGGAUUUAUUUCGCCUUAUUUUAUUAACUCCCUUAAAGGUCCUAGAGUUGAGUAUAAUGAUGCUCUUGUUCUUUAUUCUGACAAGAAAAUAUUUACUGCACAACAAAUAAUUCCGGCUUUAGAAGUUGCAGGGACACAUAAAAAACCAUUACUUAUAAUAGCCGAAGAUUAUGAGACGGAACCUUUAUCUCUUUUAGUCCUUAACAAACUAAAGAUAGGUUUACCAGUUGUAGCCGUCAAAAGUCCUGGUAUAGGACAACACAGAAAGAAUCUGCUAGAAGAUAUGGCCACGGCUACAGGAGGAGUCAUUUUCGAAGAUAAUUCUAAUUUGAUUCGACUUGAAGAUUGCCAAUUAGAAAGCCUUGGCAAGGUCGGAGAAAUAGUUGUUACAAAAAAUUCGACAUUGAUGCUUAGAGGAGAAGGUGAUAGAGAGGAGAUAGAACAGCGCAUUGAACAGCUUCGACAGGAGUUUGAAAAUACGAAAAUCGAUUUUGAUAAAAAGCGCUUAUUAGAACGCAUCUCAAUGUUAAAAUCAGUAGUAGCUGUUUUGCUCGUAGGAGGUAGUAGCGAAGUAGAAAUUAGUGAAAAAUCAGAUCGGAUCAACGAUGCUCUUAGCGCAACACGUGCUGCACUUGCUGAAGGCAUUGUCCCAGGAGGUGGAGUAGCAUUACUACGAUGUAUUCCUGCUCUUGAAGAAAUAAAACCUAAUAAUCAAGAUCAGGCUACUGGAAUAGAGAUUGUCAAACAAGCUCUAAGUGCUCCAUGUUUAACAAUUGCAAAUAAUGCGGGGCUCGAGGGACCAGUAAUUGUAUCUAAAGUAAAAUCUAUGCGUGGUGGAUGGGGCUACGAUGCGCUAAAUAAUGAAUUUGUAAAUUUAUUUGAUAAAGGUAUAGUAGAUCCAACUAAAGUAGUGAGGAGCGCACUAAGUGAUGCUAGUGGCAUUGCAUCUUUACUUACUACCGCAGAAGCUGUUAUUUGUGACUUUUCAAAAACUGUACCAAAGCCCAUGAAACUCCGUGAUCAUAAUCGUGAAAUAUCCUUCGCAAACACUUGUUAAUUUUUCUUUUGUAAAUUAUUGCAAAAUAUAAAUGCCUGUUAAAUAAUACUUUUGCAAUUUAUUUCAGCAAGCUAAAAACAAAUGUAGUACUUUAAUGCCUUUAUAUU